UAAUUUUAUUCUAAUCCAACGGUACGUAAAAUUCUUCGUUCUCAUUAUCAUCAUCUUCCCCGUACAUGGCAGCUUCUUCACUCACGGCCGCCGUCCCCCGCCUUCGCUCCGCCACUAACAGACCUCUCCUCCUCUCUCCAUUACCAACCCCCUUCUUUAAUCCUAAGGUUUCUAAUCAGCUCAGAACCUUAAAAUCGACGACUACAUUGAUGGCGUCCAAGGAGUCCGCGGAUAACAACCCUGGCCUUCAUACUAAUUUUGACGAGGCAACAAAGGGCUAUUUUUUACAGCAAACUAUGAUUCGGGUAAAGGAUCCGAAAGUCAGUCUUGACUUCUACUCCCGGAUAAUGGGCAUGUCGUUGCUGAAAAGGUUGGAUUUUUCAGAUUUGAAGUUUACUUUAUACUUUUUGGGAUAUGAGGACGUGUCAUCAGCUCCAAGUGAUCCCAUUGAGCGCACGGCCUGGACUUUUGGUCAUAAAGCUGUUCUUGAGCUUACGCACAACUGGGGCACUGAAGCCGAUCCUGAGUUCAAAGGUUAUCACAAUGGAAACUCAGAUCCUCUUGGUUUUGGACACAUAGGUAUUACUGUUGACAAUGUGCAUAAGGCAUGCGAGAGAUUUGAAAAAUUAGGAGUGGAGUUUGUGAAGAAACCUGCUGAUGGAAAAGUCAAGAACAUAGCAUUUGUUAAGGAUCCUGAUGGCUACUGGAUUGAAAUAUUUGAUACGAUAAACAUUGCUAAAGCAACUGCUGAAGCCGCCGUUUGAUCCAUCGUUGUUUUUUUUAGGGUUAUGAUGUCGUUGGCCAAGUAUGGUUAGUAAAGAUAAAUUUGAAUUUGACCACUCUAUUUACAGAUACUCUCUAGUAACUCCACUUUCAACCUUGGCUGAUACAAGAUGAUAUUUUCUUUUUCACCUAUGGUUGUGUUUAUUGUUCAUAUACUUGAUUAUGGAAAUAUUUGUUUAUAGUUGGUGCUGUACUAUAUAUGCAUACCUCACCAAAUUAUUUAAUAAAAUCACUCUCUUCCUCUAUGGUAGAGUUGGUCAAAUUCUGGAAAUGCUUUUUUUUUUUUGGUAUAAAUUUUGAACUAGUACGAGUCUCGUGCAGUG